AUGCGAUUGGCUCGGAUUGAGAUCGACCUUUCUCUGGGAGCAGCGAUCGUUCACGUGGAGCAGGUUGAAUUACUACGCGUGGCCGCUGCCGUAGGGCUCCUGGUUGUGAAGGGAUCGAAUUGGCGCAUCUUCUCAUUCGAUUGCACGCAUCGUUUUAUCUCCGAGUUCCAAGACGCUCGCGACGGGAAACUUGUAUGGC